AUGGCGUCGACCAUAACAUUGGUCCUGCUCGUCAGUUUACUUUUGCAGAGAUGCACAAUUACCAAUGGAUCUACUCACUGGAUUGUUACAGAAGAUGGCAGAUUACAAUCGCAGGCUGAUUCUGUGUACAAUCUGCGCCGGCCAUACGAUCUUGUAGCAUUCAUGAGGCAAGAAGACAGAGCAGCUAUGUUAAACACUCUUAAAAAAGAACUGUUGACAAGAAAAGAUGAAAUCGAUAAAAAUGAAGAUAGAGACACAGGUCUUGAACAGAAAUUUUACAGAACUAAUCCUGAUUGCAUUGAAGCUGGAAAACCAUUGCCUGAGUUUGAUUUGUACAUUAGCACUGUCCUGCCACUGGAAAAUAAAGGAAUCAGACCAGAGGAACAUAUAGAUUUGAAUGCCUCUCCUAGUGCUAGUCCAAAAUCUCCAGACUGUACAGCUUUCAUGGACCUUGAAUUCAGCAUGCAUGCCUUUGAGCAUUUAGAGGGCAUGAAGGCAAGGUCAAAUUUAUCCGGAACACCAGAGCUGGGUCUAAAGAAUGCCAUAACUCAUCGUGAAAAUGUUGAUGACUAUGGGCACCUGGUCUAUGAGGCUCUCAGUAAGAAUAGCACAUCGUGGAUUCUAUAUAACAUGGCUGCAUUCUAUUGGAGGAUCAAGGGAAACCCCUACCAGGCAAUAGAAUGUAUUAGGAGGGCAUUGCACCAUUCACCCAGACUUCAGAAAGAUGUGGCACUGAUCAGCUUGGCCAACAUCCUGCAUCGAGCCAGAUACUCCAAUGAGGCAGCCAUAUUAGUGCAUGCAGCUCUGGAGGUUUCUAAGGAGUUGAAUGUGAAUCAUUUUACCCUGGGCAACAUUUAUGCUGUGCUUGGUGAGUACAACAAAUCUAUAAUCUGCUUUGAAAACACCUUGAAGAUUCAGCCAGACUUUGAAGCAGCCUCCAAGCGGAAGCACGCUGUUAUCUGUCACUCCAAGCUAGAGAUGGCAUUAGAAGCUCAACACAGGUCUCUCCAGAGAACACUAAAGGACCUGAAAGACUACCAGCGCAAGCAUGACCUCUACCAGAUGCAAAGUGACAAGCUGCUAGCCGAGCAGGUGCCACAUGAGGUGAAGAUAGCCCAGCAUCUUGCCUACGAGCAGCUGAAAAUGAGGGAAAAGUCUGCUGAAAUGGAUGAAUACUGUAGGAUGGUAGACCGGGAUGGGAAACAGGUGCUCCUGUGUACCUGGAGUCGGAGGUCACCUACACUGGAUUUUGAUUUUGCAUUUCUGGAGGAAAAUUCAGAAAAAAGCGGCGAUGAGAAGGAAUCAGAAAAGGUGAUGAUGGGUCUCAAGUCCAGCCUAAAAAGCACAAAUUAUAGCCAGCCAGUGAGAGCACCCAUGUAUUCUAAAUACAAGAAACAUAAGAACACAGAGAGUGACCCAAACAUGCCCCCCAAUUGGCCAACGAAAGAUGAGUGUGACACGUAUGUUAAAAAGGUUCCAGACUCCCGCAACCUUACUGCUGUCUACCUGUCUCCUGAAAACAAAGGAUUUGAGGUGAGAGAGCUACUGACAGAAGCCCAAGGCUUGGAACCAGAAGGCGAGCACCCUUUGCCUUGGUACCCACCUGUUUGUGUGCCCCUAAUGGAACUUGCUGAGGGAAACCCUGUCGUAUAUGAUCACCUUAAGUCAGUCAGCUAUGCUGAAAGGUCACGGAUACCUUUGAAGUAUAAUGAUCCAUCCAUGAAGAAGAUACUGCUAGAUCAUGUGAACAAUGGGUUUGUAACAGAAGAAGAAGUUGGCCAACGAAUCCUGACAGCCUUGAAGCUGAAUAUUGGUCCCCAGUGGAUCUUGUACAACUUAGCUGGGCUGUACUGGCGUAUCAUUGGCAACAACUAUCAUGGGAUUGAGUGCAUUCGCAGGGCAAUUUACCUGAGCCCACUGGAGUACCGGGAUGUACCCCUCGUUAACCUUGCCAACAUACUGUACCGCUAUGGACGUUACGAUGAUGCCAUAAUUAUCAUGCGGGAUGCGUUGGAUCUAAAUGAUGCAGAGCCUGCCAGCCACUUCCUGUUGGGUCACCUGCUGUGGGCCACGCGCAACUACACCGGUGCAGCCCACCAUUAUCAGGAAGCUCUCGCUGCAGACCAGAACUACCCUGGUGUGCUGGACACAAUCCGGGCCAUGAAGUGCUACCUCAAGUACCACUAUGCAGCUCAGAGUGCAGUGCCCCAGGAAUCUCCUGCCAGUAGCCACAGUAACUGUCAGCAGAAGCCAGCUGAGGCAGAAAGCAGAGUUAUCUGCAAGACAGAAAACAAUGAAGAGAAAUGCAUUAUUGAGACUCGUUCCCGCAACAGAAUUGCAGACUGCAAUGGGCAGUGCACUCAGACGUGCACUAUUACACCCAUCAAGGUGGAUGGGUGUAGUGGAGACAUCAGUCUAGAGAGCACUCUGAUUGGACAUUGCUCAGGUAAAGGUGGGAAACAGUUUUCGUCAGAGCAGGAUGAUAUGUUGUUUUCAGCAGAUUUCACUAGUAAACUCGAUGAAGUCAGUGACUACUAUGAGAAGAAAGGCCUCUGCGAAGGUGAUGCCUGCAGUCACCUGAGAGUACAGCAAGGUACUCAGAAGCCACACACUAAACUGGAGUUUGUGGAGGGCGUCCUGAAGCAUCAGCUGAUAUUCUUGCAGCUGGCACCAUCAGAGAUGCAGAUUGAUGCAGAUGACUGCAUUAUCUUCAACGAUGGCACCAAAUCUGCCGGAUGUAGCCGCGAGGAGUUCCGAACUUAC